AUGGAGGUCGACGGCAAAGGAGGAGAAUCUGGGACCACCACCACUCGGAGGAGGUUCGCUCUUCCGGUGGAUACGGAGAACAAAUCGACAACUUUCCGGCUGUUCUCCGUCGCUAGACCUCACAUGAGAGCUUUCCAUCUCUCAUGGUUUCAGUUCUUCUGCUGCUUCGUCUCCACUUUCGCAGCUCCACCUCUCCUCCCAGUCAUCCGCGAAAACCUAAACCUCACCGCCUCCGACAUCGGAAACGCCGGGAUCGCCUCCGUCUCCGGCUCAGUCUUCGCUCGUCUCGUCAUGGGAACGGCCUGCGAUCUCUUCGGUCCACGUCUCGCCUCCGCCGCUCUAACACUCUCCACCGCUCCCGCCGUCUACUUCACCUCCGGGAUCAAAUCUCCCAUCGGGUUUAUCCUCGUCCGAUUCUUCGCCGGGUUCUCGCUUGCCACUUUCGUCUCGACGCAGUUCUGGAUGAGCUCCAUGUUCUCCGGACCCGUCGUCGGGUCGGCUAACGGAAUCGCCGCCGGUUGGGGAAACCUCGGAGGAGGCGCGACGCAGCUGAUCAUGCCGGUGGUGUUCUUGAUGAUUCAGAAAAUGGGAGCCACCAAAUUCACGGCGUGGAGGAUCGCUUUCUUCAUCCCUGGCCUCUUUCAGACUCUCUCUGCUUUUGCCGUUCUCUUGUUCGGCCAGGAUCUUCCCGAUGGAGACUAUUGGGCAAUGCACAAAUCUGGAGAGAAGGAGAAAGAUAAGGUGGGGAAAGUGAUCAAACAUGGCCUCAAGAACUAUAGGGGUUGGAUAACAGCAUUAGCGUAUGGCUAUUGUUUCGGAGUAGAGCUCACGAUAGACAACAUCAUCGCAGAAUAUUUCUUCGACAGAUUCCACUUGAAACUCCAAACAGCUGGGAUUAUAGCAGCGAGUUUCGGUCUUGCCAAUUUCUUCGCUAGACCCGGCGAUGGAGAGUAA